CUGCGGUGAUUCUCGAUUUCUUGCACAUUCUCGCAUGCGCCGUUUGGCUGCUCUGGUCCAGUGUGCGUUGUGAAACAAUCGCACCAUUAUUGCGUCAUAACUGUCAGGAAACCGCAGGAAACGCGAAGAAGCGAGAAUUAAAGAAACGGGAUGUUGGUAGCGAAGAUCUGUCGGGCUGGGGUUUCGCCAGGUUUGGCGUCACUCGUCCGAACUCCGGUCGUUCCGACGCCGCAAUUUUCCAAGGGUCAGAUCGCAAGAUUAUUCGUCAACGAUGGACGUAGCUCUUACACGAGAACCGCGAGAAGAAGAGCCACUGUGGUGGAGCAAGCGACGGCCCCGGCUGGCGAAACGGCAUUUAACGUUGGAAAAGCAGCAGUCGCUGGAGGAGCACUGAUGGGAUUAGGUGGUCUUUGUUAUUAUGGAUUAGGUCUUUCUUCACAAACGGGUGCCAUAGAUCAUGCACACUUAUGGCCGCAAUACGUUAAAGACAGAGUGAAGUCCACUUACACGUACUUUGGUGCGUCCAUUGCUGCCAGCGCAGCGUCUGCGGCUAUGUGCCUGCGUUCUCCCGUUGUAAUGAACAUGAUAAUGCGUCAGGGAUGGGUCGCUAUAGGUGUAUCAUUGGCUGCAAUGAUUGGCAGCGGCAUGAUUGUACAAGGACUUCCAUAUAAGGAAGGAUUCAAUAGCAAACAUAUGGCUUGGCUAGUACAUACUGGAAUCUUGGGCGCCGUUGUAGCACCGUUGACUCUUUUGGGUGGAGCAUUGGUUAUCCGAGCUGCUUGGUACACCGCUGGGAUAGUCGGUGGUUUAUCAGCGAUUGCCGUUUCCGCGCCCAGCGAUAAAUUUCUGGCAAUGGGCGGUCCGCUUGCUAUUGGUUUAGGCGUAGUAUUUGCCAGCUCGCUCGGUUCUAUGUUCCUUCCACCUACGACCGCUCUUGGAUCCGGACUGUAUUCUGUAGCUCUUUAUGGCGGCCUUCUGCUAUUUUCCGGAUUCCUGCUCUAUGACACGCAAAAAAUCAUCAAACAAGCGGAAACUUAUCCGAUGUACAACAUUCAUGAUAGGCCAUACGAUCCAAUAAAUAAACGAGGAUCAAUCGAUAUGCGGCUCAGGGAGUCGGUCUCGGUGUCGUUGCAUCCCAAUGGACUGAACAACAACCAGCUCCGCAGGCACAGCCCGAGCCGGAGCGUCGGGGCCGGCGAGAUCGGCGAUCGCAACGAGAACGCAGCUCAGGAGCCGGUCGCCACUCCUGAACCGGAUUACCCGAACGACGAGUCGGCGGAUUUCCGGCUGGCCGAGGACACCACCACGUGGUCCUCUCUAGCGAUCGCGCGCGACAACGUGCAGCAGAGCAACCCGUCAACGCAGCAACCCGUCAACGUCAACAAUAAUCUCACCGAGCUGAGGAUACGGAGGAACAGCUCCAUCGAAAGCCUCGCCGAUUACGAAGGCACGAUCGAAGAGCAAUCCGCCAACGUAAACAACAAUCUAACCGGGCUGAGGAUACAAAGUAGCAGCUCCAUCGAAAGCCUCACUGGUUACGAAGGGCGUAACUCUCCGCAUGAGAACUCGUCGCACGAGUUGACGCCAUCCGAGUGGUCCGAUUGGUCUGAAGAAGGGAAUCUGCCAGCAGGCUGCCGCGGCAUCGUCAAUCCCAACUAUCCCGGCUUUCAGCAUUUGGCACCUUCCCUGCUAUCGGACACAGACCUGACUGAGGACGAACACGAUAGUUGUUCCGAUUACCCGCCACUUCAUCACCAUGAUGAGGUAGCUCCGUUGCCGGAGAACGACGAGUACAAUAACAAUAUCAACGACAGUAUCAAUCAUCUCUGUGGCCAGCGCAACGAUCGCAAGAUCUUUUAUGAGAAGCCCAAAUUUAAUAUACAGACUGUGACCUCUCUGUAUGAGGCGGUGGUGCCGCCUUCGGAAAAGUGCAUCAACUACGUCAAGAGUGUGGAGGUCUCUAAAUCCGAGGAGAAGGCGUUUUCGCCGGAGCCGGAGGAAGUCAUAAACGGCAUCGUCGAGGCAGAAACUCACCUGACGCUCUUAGACGAACGGGAAGAGAGUCUGGCCAACCAGAUUACAGUGGUGGAUGAGUGCGCUAUCGAAUUGUCGCAAGUGACUUUUGAGGAUAAACGUGAGAGGGAAGUACCCGUCGAAGUUGAGCUAGUGGAGUUGACUACCAGCGUAAAUGAAAGCCUGCAGUUUCCGGAGAUCGAGGAGAUUCUAGACUCUGGAAAGACUAGCGAGAUCGGCGAGACGGAGGACAUCGUGGUGGAGCACAUCGACCUAAUACGCGAGGCAAAGGAGUUGCCUCAUUCAGAUCGCUCCAAAAUAGGCAACCGUCAGCCGGUGACGACGACGUCAACGUCGACGGGCGGUUCGGUCGACGACGACGAGUCGGAGAGUAACAGUGACUACUCCGAGGGCUUCGCUGAGGAGCGGCCGACCUAUACGAAACUGGAGGAAAUCGAUUUACUGUCGAGUAUCGGCCGGGACAUCGGCGUCGAUCUUGAGAAAUACGCCCAGCCGGUACCGGACGUGGUCGCGAUGGAAUCGAUCGAAAGUAUGCGCCAACCGCGGUCCACCUCGAUCGUCAAGGAUCACAUGGAUACUAACAAGCUGUUGGAUCGCCAACUUCCGGAGGCGUCCAGCGCCGAUGCUCGGAAGAAGGAAAAGAUGGUUAAGAACCAGGCCAAGCGUCGUCAACAGCAACAGCAGCAACAGCAGCAGCAACAAUCGCGAAACUCUAACUCUCAGAGGCGUCUCGAUAAGCGCCGCGUUGACAUCGACAAUGGAUCUGGUGGCUUCGACGUUUAUAACAUCGAGACAGCGAUGCCAAAAAUCGACCUGGAUGCGAUCGAAUCGCACCUUAGAGCUGCACGUGAGGAGGAACGUCGAGUAAAAAUGGAUAAACGUUCGGAACCGGUCAUGGAAACCGAGGAGAAAGAAAAGAAAGGAGAGAAUUUGGAAAGGUCUGAUUACGAAAGGGAAGAUUUAAUUACGCGAUUCGACAGAGUUAUACGAGGCGAACUUAAUGACGAUCUGCAGCGACGAAAUGAUCGUGAAGAAAUUAGAAGAAGACUCGCGAUGGGACCUGAUGCCGAAGAUUUGCGCGCCGAACGUGGACGAAAACCGAGUCUCCAAUCGCGUCUUCAGAGUGGAAUGAACCUUCAGAUCUGCUUCAUGAAUGAGACAUCAUCGGACACAGAGUCCCCGGGUUCAGAGAAUGACACAUCUCCCGGAUCUACGCCUACAUCCCUUGGCUCAAAGCAAUUUGGCGGAAAACAGAAGGGACCAACGAGGCCACAGAUGUUGAGUCUGCCAUCUCUAAGACUUGAUAUGGGUGCAAAUUCCACACCACCGAUUGAUGAGGCAGACUUCUUUGCGCGGCAAGCUAGAUUGCAAACUGAAGCGCGAAUGGCCCUAGCACAGGCCAAGGAAAUGGCACACAUGCAAAUGGAAGUGGAGAGACAGAGGUUGAAACAGAGUCCCAUCACCGAGAUGGUGCGAUGCAGUUUAGAAAAAGUCGGUGUACAGCUGGGAGAGGACAGACGCAGGUUGUCCCGUGUACUUCUCACAGAGUUAAAUGUCGCGCAGCUGCAGGUAGUAGCAAAUGAUUUGCACGCGAGAAUUGCCGCAUUAAACGAAGCGCUCGUCGAAGGUCUUUUGAGGAGAGACGAUUUGCAUAUGGAGCAAGAUUCAAUGCUCGUUGAUGUGGAAGACCUCACUCGAUACUUAGGUGCCAAACAGGAAUCGUUGAAGAAGAAACAUCAAAACAUGCAGCAGGCGGCAAGCCGGAACCAUCAGCAAUCCUCUCCAGCUCCGACGAAGCUGUCGAUGAAACCGAAAUUGACGCAUUUAAAUCGCGGUUUGGUUGCUCUUGUAAGAAAAUAAUCCUUCGCUACGAGACUACGCAGUCUCGUCAGAAAUUAAACUCCGAGCGUAGAGGGGCACCACGAGCUUUAGAGACGUGAAAAAGCGAAGAAAGAAAAAAAAAUGGAUAAAUUUUUCUUUUGAGAAAAGAAAAAGAAAAAGAACUUGUUUCGGAAAAAAAAAAGGUAAAAAAGAGGAGAUGAAGAAACUUUCUUCGAUAGCUGAGAACGGAAUUUUCAUUAGAGAAAAAAAUGAAGAAAGCUUCUUCGGAAGAAAGAGGAUCAAAAAUCUCUUUUUCAAGAAAGAUGAUAUACGAAAACUUUGUUUGGAAGAAAAAAAUGAUUGCGUUAGAAGCCGUGGUGUGCGUGCUCGAAAACUCUGAAAAAAACGUAACAAACAGCUUUGAUAAGAUGGAAUCGUUCCCAUUCUGAUAAAGGGAGAGCAGCAAGUAUCUUUCCUUGAAUUUGUAAUUUUUACAGCUUGAUUAAUUGUCGUUAAGCACGUGGAAAUAGAAAUUUACGUAUGUACGUAUUGCAUAAGCGAACAAAGCAACGAUUCUUCGUUUGUAUCCUACCGUUUGAAAUUCUCCAUCUCUCUCUUUCUCCUCGUCUGUAUUCGCUCGGCCCCUAAGCUCAUGUCAGAUUAUGUCCCGCGACCCGUGACAUGCAUGCAUGUGUUUACGAGUGUAUCGAUUAUUCGCCUUUAAAUAAUAGCGUAUCAUUAGCGAGAACGGAUCCCUUCUCUGUUGUAUUGUACAUAUAACGAAGAUUUAUAUCAGAUUAUUGCCGUAUCGAGAUUUCACGUGGUGCUUAAAGAGCGCUUCGUUCCGGUCGUCCAAUAUAAGUCAUUCACGUGUGCGUUGAUGUGAUGUUAAAUAUUUCGUAAAAUCGUGUUAAUUUAAUUGCGUGUAGAGUAUUUUGAACAACAAUUUUCUGUAUCUUAUAAAUUCAUCCGUAAAUUUAUAAAUUUAAUAAUUCCAUAAAUAUAUAUUCGGAUGUGUAUACCCUUGCUUCGGUAGAUCUCUAGAUCCGCCAAUAGAAGCCGUCACAGUUGCUUAAACAAAUCCCUCACGUGUAAAAUUCAUCGUCCCAUCCGGCUUGAUUGCACGAGAUAUCGGUAAGAUGAUAAAUAAAGUUUUUAUCUAUCGCGAACGACAAAGAAA